CCCCAUUUUCACCCGUAAAACCUUCAUACCAACAACCUUCACAUCUCGUAAACCUUCAUUAAUGAAUAUUUCAUUCAUUAUCAAUGUGGUUCUUCUGCUUGCAAUCAUACUGCUCUUGCUGCUUUACUACAACACAUACACAAGGCUGAAUAAAAUAGUGAAGGGGCAGAUUCACACAGUCAUAGAAAAAGAGGAUGACGUGGAGAUCGGUGUUGAAAAGAAGAUAGAGAUAGGAGAGGGGACAGUGAUUAUGACAGUGGAAGAGAGAAAGGGGCUGAUAUUCUUUAACGAUAGCCAGAAAUUUCAAAUGGGUGAACUUCUUAGAGCUUCUGCUGAGCCACUGGGUCAUGGGAUCUUGGGAAACAGUUAUAAGGCUAUGCUGAAUAGUGGAUCUACCAUUGUCGUCAAAAGGCUAAGGGACUUGAAGCCAUUUACAAAGGAGGAAUUUGAGAAGAUAGUGAAUGCGAUUGCUGAUAUGAAGCACCCCAAUUUGUUGCCUUUGCUCGCUUACUACCAUUCCAGAGAUGAGAAGCUCAUGCUUUACAGUUUUGCAGGGAAUGGAAAUCUUUUCUCCCGACUUCAUGAUAGAGGCGGAAACCGGGCACCGUUCGGUUGGAACUCAAGAUUGUCAGUUGCAAGAGGAGUGGCUCGAGCAUUGGUGUACCUGCACCUCAACCACAAGUUCCAAAACGUUGUCCCACACGGCAACUUGCGGUCUUCAAACGUAUUAUUCGAUGAAAACGAUGCGGUUCUUGUUUCUGACUUCGGUCUUGCCUCCUUGAUAGCACAACCUAUUGCAGCUCAGCACAUGGUUGUUUACAAAUCACCUGAAUAUGGGUACGCAAGAAAGGUGACAAUGCAAGCCGAUGUGUGGAGCUAUGGUUCACUUCUGAUAGAGCUUCUGACCGGAAAAGUGUCUAUUAACUCGGCUCCACAAGGAACGAAUGGCGUGGAUCUAUGCAGUUGGGUUCAUAGAGCAGUGAGGGAAGAAUGGACAGCUGAGAUAUUUGACAAAGAAAUAUCAGGGCAAAAGAGUGCACUUCCUGGGAUGCUGAGGUUGUUGCAGCUUGCAAUGCGUUGCAUUGAGAGGUUCCCUGAGAAGCGCCCUGAGAUGAGAGAGGUGAUGAGAGAAGUGGAGAAAAUACAGGUCCCGGUGAUCACAGAAGAUGAUGACGAUGUGUCUGGGGAUAGGUCCCUAACUGAUGAUUCUCUUUCAACCAGUACCUCUAUCAUUGGAGAUGAAAGAUAGAUUAUAUAUGAGACCUGUAAUCUUUGACUUUUAAUCUUGUUUUAACAUC